UUGUAUAGCAAUCCUGCUUUGUACAUACAGCUGCUUUACUCUGCAUUGAAUGUGCUGUAGUGAGGCUGCUCUGUCAUUAAACAUAAACUGAUCCUCAUCUUUAAGUACACUGGAAGCUGCAAAUUAUCUCAAGAUCACUUCAAAGGUCUCAUCAAACAGAAGGUGACGUUAGGAGAUGAUUUAAAGGUGAAAAUGACAAGGUUUCCACCCCUCAAACCUUGGUCACUUUUCUGACAACACAGUCUGAGAGCUCUGAUGUCUUCUUUACUCUGGGAAUAGGAUUGGCAACGAAAAACAGAAAUUUUUUUUUUAAUCCUGAUGAAGAUUAUUUAAAAUCCCUUAUUGUGGUACAGAUGGAUUUUAAAAAGUGUUAGAUCUUUCAAAUGAACACUAAUAGAGUACUCUGCUCUUGGUUGGAUUACUCAGAGAAUGGCAAUGGUCUCUGCAAUGUCUUGGGUCCUGUAUUUGUGGAUAAGUGCCUGUGCAUUGCUGCUCUGUCAGGGGUCUCUUCAUCACACUUUCCAGCAGCAUCACCUGCACAGACCAGAAGGAGGAACGUGUGAAGUUAUAGCAGCACACAGAUGCUGUAAUAAGAAUCGAAUUGAGGAAAGAUCACAAACAGUAAAAUGCUCCUGCCUCCCUGGGAAAGUGGCCGGGACAACACGAAACAGACCUUCCUGUGUUGACG